AUGGGCCUGUUCGCAAGUUUCCUUGACAUUUUCUGCGAGCACUGCUCAAGCCAGUCAAUCUACACUCUGGCAAGUGUUGGAGCGUUGUCGUUCAUUGCGCUGUCGGUCGUGAUCAAUGUAUUGCGCCAAUUGCUCUUCAAGAAGGCUCAUGAGCCCCCUGUAGUCUUCCACUGGUUCCCCUUUGUUGGAAGCACCAUCAGUUAUGGCAUGGACCCCUACAAGUUCUUCGACCAAGCUCGCGCAAAGUACGGCGACAUCUUCACUUUUGUCCUCCUUGGCAAGAAGACCACUGUCUACCUGGGUACCAAGGGUAAUGAGUUCAUUCUCAAUGGCAAGCUUCGCGAUGUAAACGCCGAGGAGGUCUACUCUCCCCUUACUACUCCCGUUUUCGGUCGCCACGUUGUCUACGAUUGCCCCAAUGCCAAGCUUAUGGAGCAGAAGAAGUUCGUUAAGUUUGGUCUCACCUCUGAGGCGCUUCGCUCUUAUGUCCACUUGAUCACCAACGAGGUCGACGAUUUUGUCAAGAACUCUCCCGCCUUCCAGGAUCCCAAGGGCACCAUCAAUGUGUCCAAGGUUAUCGCCGAAAUCACCAUCUACACUGCCUCUCGCUCGCUCCAAGGAAAGGAAGUCCGGGAUCGCUUCGACUCGACUUUUGCUGAGAUGUACCACGAUCUCGACAAGGGCUUCGCUCCUAUCAACUUCAUGCUUCCAUGGGCUCCUCUCCCCCACAACCGCAAGCGCGAUGCCGCUCAGAAGAAGAUGGCUGAAACAUACAUGGAUAUUAUCAAGGAGCGUCGCGCUGCUGGCGAAAAGAAGGACUCUGAAGAUAUGGUCUGGAACUUGAUGUCUUGCAACUACAAGAACGGCAACCCCAUUCCUGACGAGGAGGUAGCUCACAUGAUGAUUGCCUUGCUCAUGGCCGGCCAGCACUCCUCAUCUUCUACCGCGGCCUGGAUCGUUCUGCGCCUAGCUACUUGCCCUGAGAUUGUGGAAGAGCUCUAUCAGGAACAGCUCAAGGUCCUGGGCUCCGACCUUCCCCCUCUCACUCACGAAGGCCUCAACAAGCUCGACCUGCACUCCAAGGUUAUCAAGGAGACCCUCCGCAUCCACGCUCCCAUCCACUCCAUCAUCCGCGCUGUCAAGAACCCCAUGCCCGUGGAAGGCACUAACUAUGUCAUUCCUACCACUCACAAUGUUCUCUCCUCCCCCGGUGUCACUGCUCGCUCUGCCGAGUUCUUCCCAGAGCCUCUCAAGUGGAACCCCCACCGCUGGGAUCAGGCCGAGGCCCCCAAGGACGAGGAUGAGGAGCAGAUUGACUACGGUUACGGUCUGGUCACCAAGGGUACCAAUAGCCCGUACCUUCCCUUCGGGGCUGGCCGUCAUCGCUGUAUUGGUGAGCAGUUCGCCUACGUGCAGUUGGGCACAAUUUUGGCUGCGCUGGUCAGACACUUCAAGUUCUCCAACCCUAGCAGUGAAACCCCCUUCCCCGACACUGACUACUCGUCCCUGUUCUCCAAGCCUGCUGGUCAAUCCUUUGUCCAGUACGAGAAGCGUGGAGUCAAAGCAUAA